AUGUUUGGAGAAGCUCAGAGAUUUUACAUUGCAUUUAAGUAUACCAUUAUAAAUAAAAAGAUGUUAAGACAUGUUUAGUGUAUUCAGAACACAAACUUUCAAUUUAGUCAUGCAGAUGCCUGCUUAUUUUCAUAUCUUUUUCAUUACCAAUUAGUUUUAUCCUUUCUGAACACUUUUUAAGCACUAAAAUAACAAUAUAUUUCUAUUUUUACAUCGUUCGUAAGCAAAAAGAAAUUAAAACGCAAACAAUACUUUUCUUUUCAAUUUGAACGUAAAUUCAUAGAUUAAAUAUAACUCCUUUUUUAAAAAAUAUCUGUGAUAACACUAUUUAUAAAGCUAAUGAUAAUUUAUUUGCAAAAUUCAAUCCUCGAUAAACCGAAAAAUUUUCAAACAAUAUAUUUUUUAAUAUAAAUAUAAAUAGUGAUUUCAUUUGGAACAUUUCAACGUUCUCACUUAAUUGUUGACUUUGUUUCAGUAAUAGAGGUAUGAUCAUAAUUCAAUUUAGUAAUUUAAUUCAUUAAGUGAUAUACCGUGGUACGACCUUCAAACUUAUAAAUUUCAGUAAUGAUAAACGACCUUUUUUAAACGUUAUAUCAAAUGCAAAUAUCAUCGUUUCUGGCCAUUAGAACAAUUUGCAAAACAAAUCUGUCUGGUUUAUGACAAUUGAUUCAAACAUGUCAGCGAUUAACGAACGAUAAUAUAGGCGGAAUGGUAUUGUUAAUUCGAUAAAAACGACGAAUUUAAUUUUUAAAUUUAAGUAUAACCUUUUUAAACUAUUACCAUUAAACUUAAGUAUUUUACAAAAAGGAACAUACUUUGUAAUCUUUCUAAAUAAAAAAUUUGUAAAAAGGAUUCAUAUAUUCUUGUAUUCAGCUACCUAUUUAAAAGCCGUGUGUCACGAAAGUUUGGUUGUAAAUCACUUGGUUACGUUUACGUAGUGGGACCAGUGCCGAGAAGGCUUGCGUCCGGACCGGUAGGGCCUUAUGUCACGUAGAUAACGUAAACGUUACGGGUUAACGUGUCGCCAACCACAUGUAUGUAUGUAAUCGAAUAUCAGCAUGGCAAGAUAACAUGCGAUUCCGGUAUUCGCAUACUUUGGCGACACAUCCUUUAACCGCAAUGGCUUAAACUUUGAAUGUUAGAGAUGGCUCAAGUAUUUGAUAGUGAUGGUCCAUUUAUUUAUCGCUUAAAUGAUAACGGUUCCGGACCCAGUCUUCUAGUUAAGAUAUUUACUGAACGUGGUUGGCGAAUAUAUCAGGGCUACAAUGGUGCAGAGGAGAGAUGGAAUCUUUGGUGGAGGACAAGCGCUUUUCCAGCUACUUCCUACAAAGCCUUGGGAGACUGGCAGUUUAUGAACCACAUACCGAAAGGCGGUUCAAUUUGUCGGAAGGACAGCUUGUCGAGAUUGCUCCGAUGUAUGAGAAGAAUAUACGGAUCUAUUUAUGACUUCAGCCCGCCUUGUUUCCACUUACCUCUGGAGUACGCAAAACUGGUUUCCGAGUGCUCAAGACUCAGGCGCGGCGAUGAUCCCACCAGCUCGAACGUGGUGUGGAUACACAAACCAGUGGCGCAGAGUCAAGGACGAGGGAUCUUCCUUUUUAGGAGUGUCUGUGACAUGAGAUGCGGUAGUCCCGCCGUAGUACAGAGGUAUAUCGAGCGCCCUCUAUUGAUAGCGGGAUACAAGUUUGAUCUGAGAUUGUACGUAUGUGUUCCCGGUUAUCGUCCGUUAACGGCUUAUAUGUACGCAGAGGGAUUGGCGAGGUUUGGAACGGAUAAGUACACUUUAUCUGACAUCCACAAUCCCUACCGACAUCUUACAAAUUCAUCUCUUAACAAAACUGGGCCGCGGUACGCAGAGUGCAAGGAUAGAAUAGGCAGUGGUUGUAAGUGGACGCUGAAGCAAGUUAGGCGAGCACUGGUCGGAAGAUGGGGUGCUGUGGAAUGGUUGGUUUGGCAAAAAAUACGAGCGUUGGUUACACUGACUUUACUCGCUCAAGCUGCUGGAACUCCACCGGCAAGGAAUUGUUUCGAGUUUUACGGGUUCGAUGUACUACUUGAUGAUUGUUUGAAGCCUUGGCUUAUUGAGGUGAAUUUAUCACCCGCUUUGGCUGCUGACUGUGAAGCUGAUGUGACAGUGAAGCAGCCUAUGUUACACGAGCUAUUUGACCUUUUGGGUUUACCUAUGCGUCACACGGGGUUGUCCUUACUACAGGGGCCACCGACUCCACAUAUAAGCUGCAGUUCUGAAGAGGAGAAUAGUUCUGCUAAGACUGUUGGACGAGGACCGACUGGGCCGCGUAUAGGGCGACGAGUGAGAACACGAAAAAGACGAGCCAUGCCCUUACACUGCGUUACUCUACAAGCUCCAAUGACCGAAACUAUUACAGAUUUAGCGGAAAAAACAAAAGAUAUACAAAUGGGGCGAUUAUACAAAACGACGUCAGAUGUGAGCCCGGAGAGUUCAGAAUCACAAUGUUCGACGACAGUAAUUCCCUCAACGGAGCCUAUAGAUGAAUCUUGGCGUGGUGGGUAUUCAACGGCUGCUUCUCGACGUCGGAUGAUGGCCGCUUGCUCGUGGGGUAACGGUGUCCGAUGGGACCGUGGGGUCGGACGAGUGGGUCACUGGGUCCGGAUAUAUCCCCACUCGCUGCCAGCUGAUGAUCAGCUACCAGGCGAAGACGUCAGGGAGAGUGUAGCUCAAGUGUCUAAAUUUUUGAGAGCAGCACGUGAAGUCGCGAAAGACGGAGGCAGAGACAAAAAAGCAUCUCGAGAUGGAACAAGAGAUUCGAUUUUUGAAGUCACCCUACGUAAAAAACUCGAUUAUGACCAUAACUUUGAAGUCUGGCUGCCACCUUUCUAGUGUGUUCAUUAUAUGGAUUACUUAGUAUUAAUAAACGCUUGCUCAAUAGCUGUGAUUUUGAAUUUUCAUCUACGAAUAUGUUAUGUCUAUUAUUUGUUCAUUUCAUGUUACGUCAAUGAAAUUUCAAAUCGAAAAUCGGAUUCCAGCGGAUAUGUACAUUUCUAUACCUUGUUAGGAAUACAUAUGUUAUGAGCACUCAAAUUAAUUGACACGAAAACAAACCGACGUUCGUUAAUAGUAAAAUUUUGUCCGUCUAUACAACUGAAACUGAAUUUUAGUCAUGGAUCCGUGUGGUUAUAUGAGAAUGCUAAGUCUACAAAUAGUAAAAUCAAAUCGUUAACGACCACAGGCUGGAAAUUCGGAUUUCGCGCUCAUAGGUGAAUGAUACG